CUCAAGAUGACCACGCGUUGCCGGUCCCACUCGAGCUCCCAGGCUGCGAAGAAGAGCGAAGGCAAGCUUUCUUUGGCGGCGCAAGGGAAGCUGAACUCUGUUCGAGCUCGCGCACUGAGGCCGCACAUCGAAAUGGCGGCGCCACCAGAGAGGAUGGAGGGAGCUAACGGAGCUAACGGAGCUAACACAGCAAAGCCUGCUGCUGAAGAUAUGACAUCAAAGGAUUAUUAUUUUGACUCAUACGCUCACUUCGGCAUCCAUGAGGAGAUGCUUAAAGAUGAGGUCCGUACGCUGACCUACCGGAACUCAAUGUUCCACAACAAGCAUCUUUUUAAAGAUAAGGUGGUGUUGGAUGUGGGCAGUGGGACGGGCAUUCUCUGCAUGUUUGCUGCCAAGGCUGGAGCCAAAAAAGUUAUAGGGAUUGAGUGCAGCAGCAUCUCAGACUACGCUGUGAAAAUUGUGAAGGCCAAUAAGCUGGAUGAUGUGGUGACCAUCAUUAAAGGAAAGGUGGAGGAGGUGGAUUUGCCUGUGGACGGAGUAGAUAUCAUCAUAUCUGAGUGGAUGGGCUACUGUCUCUUCUACGAGUCUAUGCUCAAUACAGUCAUCUAUGCCCGGGACAAGUGGCUGAAGCCAGACGGACUAAUUUUUCCAGACAGGGCAACUCUUUACGUGACUGCCAUUGAAGACCGACAGUACAAGGACUACAAAAUUCACUGGUGGGAGAACGUGUAUGGAUUUGACAUGUCCUGUAUCAAGGAGGUGGCAAUUAAGGAACCCCUGGUUGAUGUAGUAGACCCCAAGCAGCUGGUCACCAGCGCCUGUCUCAUCAAGGAGGUGGACAUCUAUACAGUGAAGUUAGAUGACUUGACGUUCACCUCACCAUUCUGCCUGCAAGUUAAGAAGAACGACUACAUCCAUGCCCUCGUUACCUACUUCAACAUCGAGUUCACUCGCUGUCACAAGAGGACCGGCUUUUCUACCAGCCCAGAGUCUCCCUACACUCACUGGAAGCAGACAGUCUUCUACUUGGAUGAUUACCUGACUGUCAAGAUAGGAGAAGAGAUCUUGGGCACCAUCAGCAUGAAGCCAAACGUCAAGAAUAAUAGGGACCUGGACUUCACCGUAGACAUCGACUUCAAGGGUCAACUUUGUGAGGUGUCCAAGACGUCCGAGUACAGGAUGCGUUAGAGGCCUCUCAUCUCUCGGUGUAUAGUUUGUCUUUAAAGGCCGACUUGGAGUGUUGAAACAGUUUAAAUACUCCCCUGCAGCAACGUUUUAAACACAUUUCCCCUCAACCAUUUGCUCAAAUACUGUUCAUCUUUAGAGUUUUUCACAAUUUGGGGAGUGAGACGGCAGUACGACUCGCGCAGUAGUCAAUCUCGUGUUUGUGACCGACGUCCUCUCGGGUUCACUUUGUCCUCAUUCUUUGCACAUGCAAGACCCGUAGACACAAACACUACAGCUCCCCAUGACACAUCUGCUUGGAGUCACUUACUGCCCUCUUUUAUUUCUUUGGACUUUGUCAAAGCUGUAGGCGUGUGGGUUCCUGGUUUUCUUUUGAAGAAAACUAGCAACCUAGAUUCUGUAUAGAAACGUAACUAGCUAGUAUUAAACCCAAACUGAUAAGACGCACUCCGAGUUAAAAAGCUCUGUCUUACGGUCACAUUGACUUUAGAGAUUUUGAAUCAUCUCAAAGAACAUAGUCAAUGUGUAGCGAGCUAGCCUUACUCUCUUGUCCCAUAAUGGUGACAGUAGGUCUUGUAGGUUCUGUCCUUGUGGUGUCCAUCACCAAGCAGCCCGUCCUCCCUGAUUUUGCUUUUACCAGGUCAAAUCAUUUUGAGAACCAAAUGUCGUCAUCCAAAGUAAGUCGUUUUAGUGUUUUCAUAUUGUAAGUGUUAACUGCUGGGCAUGAAGGAAGGAAGAAGACUGACUGGUUCCAGCUGUUUUACAUGGCUCUACACCUGUUCCUUAGGAGCUUGUGUGUUCUCGCACAAUUAGUAUUGUGUCUGAGGCUCUUUGAGUUGAUUUGAACUGAACUUACUGUUGGCCCUCAACAGAUAUGACUGGCCACACUGACUUUUUGUAUUUUUUUUUUCCCUCUGCUGCUUUUUUAUAAUAAAACUAAACCUGUAAAUUAAACUUGUUUUGCAGCAGC